UACAGUUUGCAUAUAUACCCUUAGUUCAGUGAUGGAGUUAAUUCAAUCACGAACAAAUAUGCAUGUAUUAAUUGCUCUAGUUGUGAUCCUGGCUGUUGCUGCAGGUGAAUCGAAAAAUCUUCAGAGGAUCGUAGGUGGCACCGUUGCGUCAAUCGGGGAUUAUCCAGAGAUAGUCGCUCUAUUGUUCUCCUAUGGAAAUACUGGACACACACAAACAUGUGGUGGUGUCAUCCUUAAUAACAGAUCCAUUCUCACUGCUGCUCACUGCACCAUUGACCACGCACCAGCAAGGUGGCAAACUCGUGCUGGAUCUGCCGAUGCUACUACUGGUGGUACUGUCUACCUUUCUUCCUAUAUCAUCAACCAUGGACUCUAUGACCGCGUUACAUUUGACAACGAUAUAUCUAUCAUUCGCACUGCUACCGGCAUAAAUUUUGGUGCUCAUAUCCAACCUGGAAGUUUUGCUGGUACUGGUUAUAUUCUCGAAGACAACCAAGUGGUAUGGGCUGCUGGUUGGGGAGCUACUACUCAAUACGGGCCGUUAUCUGCUGAUUUGCAACACGUCCAAGUAUGGACCGUGAACCAAGCUAUCUGCGCGGCUCGUUAUGCAGAGAUAGGUCGUACCGUCACCACCAACAUGUUGUGCUCCGGGUGGCUCGACUUUGGUGGUCGCGACCAGUGUCAAGGCGACAAUGGUGGACCACUAUAUCACAACAGAGUUGUCGUCGGCGUUUCAUCGUGGCGUUGGGGAUGUGCUCAGCCUCGUUUCCCUAGUGUCAACACUCGCGUUUCAAAUUACAUUUCUUGGUUACAAGACAAUGCUUAAUAUGUAUGCUACGUGAAUUAAUACAAUAUGCAAACAUGUUAUUGACAUUUGUUAAUAAAUAAAAUAGGCACAUUAUGCUUUUUUUUUAUUAAAGUAAUAAAAUAUUUCAUUAUCGAUCACAAUCCCUUUCAAUAUGAUAUUUGAAAGUUAUUCACGAACUUCACGUUACAAAUAUUUGAUAUGUGA